UAAUGGUCGGGCAUAUAAAGCGCAAGGCUACCUGGUAGUUUACACUGUGGAUCAUCAACAAUGGAAAAAUGUUGCCUCCUGGUAGUCACGCUCCUGAUAGCAUAUUGCACCCAAGGUGCGUUGUCUUUCGUCAUCCGGCAACUUACUGAGCCGGUGGAAUUUGCCGAAGGUGUGUUCUGGGACGCGGAAAAGUCCGCCCUGUUCUACGUGGACGCCGACACCGGUACAGUCUACCGUCGCAAUUGGGGAGCCAAGAAAAGUACGUCCACCAAAAUCCCGAAGCAAUCAAUUUAUUCUGUCAUCCCGAUCAAGGGCUCGAGAGAUGAGUUUAUAGUCACCGCUUACCAUGAUGUGGUAAAGCUUACCUGGGACGGAAGACAAGAUACCGGUACCGUCAAGGAUUUGGAGAAGGUAGGAAGCUUCGGAAGUGUAUACGAACUGAACGAUGCCAAAGCGGACAGUGCCGGAAGGGUGUGGGUUGGAACUUACCAGCUGGAAAGCAGCGGCAGGUAUGGUUUCAAGCAAGGCGGUGGAGGCUUAUUCUCCCUGACGAUCACCAAUAACGAUAAAGUGAUAAUAGAAGAGAAAAUUUCCAAUUUGACGUUUCCCAAUGGUGUGACCUGGUCCAAUGACGAUAAAUAUUUCUACUACACCGAUUCUACCACCGGAACGAUAGAACGACGAGACUUUGACGUCGCAACUGGUACUUUGGGCGAAAGCAAAAUCGCUUUCGACUUGGCAGAAUACCCCGAAUACCAUGGGAUACCCAAUGGGAUCACUGUAAACGAGGAUGGUGAUCUAGAUGUGGCGAUUUACAACGCCAGCGUUGUUGUGCAAGUCGAUAAAGACACCGGAAAGAUAACCGCCAAGGCCCACUACGUGGUCCCCCAAUUAACCUCGGUAGCAUGGGGAGGGCCCAGACACGAUAACUUCUUCGUGGGGUCUAUGAAGCUUUCAGAAGAUGAGGAGUACGUAGAAAAGUAUCCGAUCGCUGGGACUGUUUUCAUCGUCAGCGAUACAAAUAAAACAGGACGUCCUUCCAUGAAGGUAGUCGUUAGAUAGAAGAAGAAGUUUAAUACGUUUGUGGUCUGGGAUGAGAUACUUGUAGGUUUUUGAGGCAAAUAAAA